AUGUUAGAGGAUAACUGCGACCUUGACGGAGGCUCACGCGACGUUUUAGAUCCUCAGUACCAAGAUUCAAUUGAAGGCGAUAGCGAUAGCCUUGAUGACAAUUGUAGCAUAGUUCCUAGAUGUCGUGUGGUAGCCCUGUCGGGUCCGCAGCUCAUUAGAGAUUCGUGGAGCGCGUUCGGCGGGGUCGGCGACAAGUCUGCGGUGGCGCACAAAGCCGCCGCCACCGACUCGAGCGCAGCGCCCGCCGCAUCACACACACCGGCACACUUAGCGUAA